UACUUUUGGACUACACUAUCGCUCGCUUCUUCUGUUAUGAAAUACUGGUUGUACCAGCUAUCACAAUGGGAAACUAAACUAUUUUAUUUUUCACAGCCAACGUGUGUUUGCUUUUUGAAUUAUUGAUACGGACGUAACAUUAUAAAUAACCUACAGUUAUGCAAAUAUCGGGUAACUUAGCUCAACUUCCUUGCAGUUAUAAUGCAAGUUUUAGAGGUUUACUAAACCGGAUCAGCACGCUAUGUGAUACGUUCAUCGCAACAGGACUCUAGUUAGUCGCUCGAGCGCAUUGGAAAAACAAAACAUAUGCAUUUUAAUUAGCAUAAACACAAGAAGCGAACAGGGGGCAGCUGGUCCUGAAGUGGUGUUGUUGUCGUCAAUAGAAAGCUCACCAAUGUUUCGUCUGUCGUUAAAGCAAAGAUAUUGUCUCCUGCUGUGUUUCGCUGUCGGAGCGAUAAUUGCUUAUCAGUUUACCAGGAGACGCCAUGAAGUAGGGAGAAUGAGCCGUACGGAGGGUCUGAUAGCCAACUCCUCUCAGUUCACUCUGGAGAGAAAACCCUUCCUCAUCCUGGGGGGCUCCAUCCAUUACUUCCGUGUCCCCAGAGCCUACUGGGAGGACCGGCUGCUGAAGAUGAAGGCCUGUGGCCUCAAUACUCUCACAACGUAUGUGCCGUGGAACCUGCAUGAGCCUGAGCGAGGGGUGUUCAACUUUGAGGAUCAGCUGGAUUUAGAAGCGUACCUCCGCCUUGCAGCCAGCCUGGGCCUCUGGGUAAUUCUGCGUCCAGGACCGUACAUCUGUGCAGAGUGGGAUUUCGGAGGACUGCCCAGUUGGCUUCUACGGGAUCACAACAUGAAAGUGAGAACAACUUACCCAGGAUUCACUGAUGCAGUCAACGCCUUCUUUAAUCAACUCAUUAAGAGAGUUGUUCCACAUCAGUACUCCAAGGGUGGCCCAAUUAUCGCAGUUCAAGUGGAGAAUGAAUAUGGCUCCUAUGCUAAAGACAAAGAGUACAUGCCUUUCAUCAAGGAGGCGAUAUUGUCGAGGGGCAUCACAGAGCUGCUGCUGACCUCAGACAACAUGGGAGGACUAAAGCGUGGAGCAGUGAAAGGAGCACUAGAAACCAUCAAUUUCCAGAAACUGAACCAGCAUGGCAUCACAUAUCUGGAUGAGAUACAACCCCACAAGCCUAAGAUGGUGAUGGAGUUCUGGUCUGGCUGGUUUGAUCUAUGGGGCGACCUUCAUCAUGUGUACACAGCUGAGGACAUGAUACCUGUGGUCACAGAGAUCCUAAAACUGAACAUGUCCAUCAACCUCUACAUGUUCCACGGAGGGACAAAUUUUGGUUUCAUGAGUGGGUCGUUAGCUGAAGGAAUCCCAUCACCUAAACCUAUGGUGACGAGCUAUGAUUACGAUGCUCCAUUAUCCGAGGCUGGGGAUUACACCACCAAGUACCAUCUUCUGAGGAAUUUAUUCAGCCAGUACCACGCCCAGCCUCUCCCUGAACUGCCCUCUCAUCAAGAGAGGAGAGCGUACCAGCCUGUUGUCAUCCAGCAGCACCUGUCUCUGUGGGACAGUCUGCAUUUCACUGACAAGCCAUUGAAGUCAGAGAAGCCAGUGAACAUGGAGAAUCUCCCCGUCAACAAUAACAAUGGUCAGUCUUAUGGCUACACACUGUAUGAGACCACCAUCAACAGCCAAGGAAGCCUCAACUCAAAGAACAAUGUCAGAGACAGAGCACUGGUUUUUGUGGACAAACAUUUUGUUGGUGUUCUGGAUUAUAAGACGCAAGAACUUGCACUCCCUGAUGGGAAGGGCAAAAGAACUCUAAGUUUGCUGGUGGAGAACUGUGGAAGAGUGAAUUAUGGGAAAACUCUGGAUGAGCAGCGCAAAGGUCUUGUUGGAGACAUCGAACUGAACAAGCACCCCCUCCGUGACUUCAUUAUUCGUAGUCUGGAUAUGAAGCCAGGCUUUGUAAACAGGCUUGAGAGUGGAGGCCACUGGAUGUCCAUGCGUCAGCGGCCCUCCUUCCCAGGGUUUUUCCAGGCCAGACUCUAUGUGAACAGUUUUCCCAAAGACACCUUCAUCAAGCUCCCUGGCUGGAGCAAAGGUGUAGUGUUUAUCAACGGCAAGAAUCUGGGACGCUACUGGUCCAUCGGUCCUCAGCAAACCCUCUAUGUCCCAAGCCCCUGGCUGCACAGAGGGGACAACCAGGUCAUAGUGUUUGAAGAGCAGGAAACAGAUGGUAAAAUUCUGUUCACCAGCAGCCCAGAUUAUGGCAUGACAGUUGAUGUCCAGUGAGGACAGGAGGUGAGAGGGGAGCAUGGAUGAGGAGAGGAGGAUGAUGGGAGAGUAUCUGGGGAGGACACGACUGAGGCGAGCCUAGUCCACUGCACGCCACGCUGCGACCAGCGACACUCAAAAGUGACACACGUCAGUGAAUAUGACAUUUGUGUCUUGUCAGAAGACACCAACACAGCAGUGAUCCAGACUCGUUUUUCAUUUAAUGACUGUAUUUAUGAGUUGAUGAAUAAAAGCGGGUUCGACCCCUGCUUCAAUACACCCAAGGAAUCUUGUGAGCUGCUUUUAUUUAUCCUGCACACUGAGAGCCUGUUUUAUAUAAACACUUAUUACUUUUUCAAACCUUCUUAUGAUAUGUGGGGAGCUCCCGCAGAGAAGUCAAGAUCACAAGCUUUGUUUGAAGAGCGGUUUUUGAAAAAUCAUCUGUUGUGUGUGGUGCUAACCAGCCUGGAUACCAUCACAAUUAUUAAAAGAUUGCUGCCUCAGUGAAAAUAUGCCAUCACAUUUGAAUACAAAGCAACCAAAUAGCAUUGUACAAUGUGGAUAGGUGAUUUUAAAUAUUGAUAGUUUCCUGUGGUGCUGAAAUCCUGGACCCAUUAGCACUAGCUGUUCAUAUAAGUAAGGUUAAUUAUAUACAAAAGUGUAAGAUUUUGGUGGAGACUUCCGCAUUACUUGAGUGUCUUAAAACCUGCAAUCCUUCUAAUGGCCAGGAGGGGGUGACUCUAGUGGUUGUAGUAGAGGUCUAUGAGAAAAUGAUUACCACCUACUUUAUUUAUUUAUUACUUCUUUAACAUUUUCCCCAUAAGUUUAUGGUCUCAAUCGGUAUUUUCAAGCCUUCUUCAAUACAGCAUGAUGCUCCUUUUGUAAAUGAUGGUUCCAUUUAGAGUAAUAUACACAAUAAAGCCACUUUCGGGUGUGCCUACCUUGUGAUUGACAAGUGUGUGUAAUGAUAAAGCAUAAAAGAAGCAAUAUGUAAUAA